GGCUAGGACCCGGGCGGACUUCAGGGUCAAGAGGGACAUUUGACUCCAGCUAUCGCGGCCUGUCAGGCCCGGUGCAGAUGUAUAUUUAGAAUUGUUCAGAAAACUAAUUCAGACCAUGGGUUUGUCCACAUCGACUCCCGCUAUUGCAAUGCAUGUUUCAACUGCUUCAGAGCAAAAGGCAGGCUCUCCACCUUCAGGAUGCCCAAUGCAUCAACAAGAAACAGGUUGUCCAGUGAAUAUAAAUUCAUCUGACAAAACAUGUGAAAGUCAAUCAAACUCAGUGCCUGCACACCAGGAUCGAGCAUAUGAAUAUGUGGAAUGUCCUGUAACAUCAGCUGCCCAAAAUAAAGAUAAUAUAGAUCCUUCAAACAUGAUGCCACCACCUAAUCAGACACCAUCUCCUGGUCAGCCAUUUGCUCUGUCAACAGUUAGAGAAGAAUCAUCAAUUCCCCGGGCAGAUUCAGAAAAAAAAUGGGUUUACCCUUCAGAACAGAUGUUUUGGAAUGCCAUGUUGAGGAAAGGGUGGAAGUGGAAAGAUGAUGACAUCAGUCAGAAAGAUAUGUAUAAUAUUAUUAAGAUUCACAAUCAGAAUAAUGAACAGGCUUGGAAGGAGAUUUUAAAAUGGGAAGCUCUUCAUGCUACUGAGUGCCCAUGUGGGCCAACACUGAUCCGAUUUGGAGGAAAAGCUAAAGACUAUUCACCAAGGGCUAGAAUUCGUUCCUGGAUGGGAUAUGAAUUGCCCUUUGACAGACACGACUGGAUUGUUAAUCGUUGUGGAACUGAAGUUAGAUAUGUUAUUGACUAUUAUGAUGGUGGAGAAGUAAAUAAGGACUAUCAAUUUACCAUCUUGGAUGUCCGUCCUGCUUUUGAUUCUCUUACAGCUGUUUGGGACAGAAUGAAGGUAGCAUGGUGGCGCUGGACUUCAUAACCAUUGUUUUAUUUUACUUAAAAAAAAGUUUUUCCUUUAAAGAGAUACAUUAUACAUUAAACUAUUUUCUGAAAAAUUUAAUGUUGAAUUAAUGAUGUGCUAUGCGACUUAAAACCAUAAUAGUGCUUAACACUAUACUAUGAAUAGUUAUACAGUUUUUUGUGUUUUUUUGUUGUUUUUAGUAAGCUUGUUGCAUACAAUUUUAUAUUGACAGAAAUUAUGUGAAGAUUUCUGCUUUCUAGUUUGGAUUUCGCUCAUCUUGUUUUCAAUGAGACUUCAAUCUCUUAAAGGCAUUUCAUUAUAAAAUUGAUGAGAUUAUGUAAAA